CAUUCAAACGCACGAGUUGGCCCUUCUCAUUCUCUUUCUGUUCUGUCUUAAUAUUAUAGCUUCGGCCGGUGGGACAGAGAGUGAUAGACUGAAACUCAGAGGAGCUCGCGGGGACAAAAAAUGUUCCAACCAACAGACGGCAGUUACACAAACGGCUACCACCACGACGGCGCCGUCUCUUCCGCCGCCGGAAUCUCAAGCGGUCAUCGAGUACGUAGGGUCAGCCGCGGCAGGUCACGUGGCCGUAGAAGCGGCGUUACUGGUAGCGACGGUGCUCCUAGGGUUGUUCAAUGGCAACAACAUCAGCAACAGAACGAAUACGAGGAGGAGGAAAGGGAAAAACCUACACCUCCUUGUACAGAGUUUGAUACGGCGUAUUUCAACUCAUACGCUCAUGUUGGCAUUCACGAAGAAAUGAUUAAGGAUCGUGCGCGGACUGAAAGUUAUAGGAAUGCAAUUUUUCAGCAUCAAAACUACAUUGCUGGAAAAGUUGUUGUUGAUGUUGGAUGUGGCACUGGUAUCCUAUCUAUAUUUUGUGCUCAGGCAGGUGCAAGACGAGUGUAUGCUGUUGAUGCAAGUGAUAUAGCUGUCCAGGCAAAUGAAAUUGUGAAGGCAAACAACCUAUCUGACAAAGUUAUUGUUUUGCAUGGGCGGGUCGAGGAUGUUGAAAUUGAUGAAGAAGUUGAUGUUAUAGUAUCAGAAUGGAUGGGUUACAUGCUUCUUUAUGAGAGCAUGCUGGGGAGUGUUAUUACUGCUAGAGACCGCUGGCUGAAACCUGGAGGUCUUAUUCUUCCGUCAAUUGCAACGCUCUAUAUGGCACCCGUGACACAUCCAGAUCGGUAUGGCGAAAGCGUUGAUUUCUGGCGUAACGUUUAUGGAAUUGACAUGUCAGCUAUAAUGCCGUUAGCAAAGCAGUGUGCAUUUGAAGAGCCGUCAGUGGAGACAAUCACUGUUGAAAAUGUUUUGACAUGGCCACAAGUGGUGAAGCAUGUGGACUGCUAUACGGUGACCAUUCAGGAAUUAGAGUCCAUCACAACCAGAUUUAAAUUUGAGUCAAUGAUGCGAGCCCCCUUUCAUGGUUUUGCUUUCUGGUUCGAUGUGGAGUUUACUGGCCCCGCAGUAUUACCUUUGAACAAUGGUGUGCCACCGUCAUUUGUUCAGUCUUCAACCAGUUACAUCUCGGAGGGCAAUCACAGAAAGAAACGUCCCAAUCCUAAUGAAGCGCUUGUCUUGUCAACUGCACCAGAGGAUCCCCCAACACACUGGCAACAGACAUUGGUUUACUUCUAUGAGCCCUUGGACGUAGAGCAAGAUCAAGUUAUUGAAGGCUCUCUAACACUGUCGCAAAGCAAAGAAAAUGCUCGAUUCAUGAACAUCCAUCUUGAAUAUUCAUCGGGUGGACGUUCAUUUGUUAAAGAGUCAGUCAUGCGUUAGUAGACCUACAUAUGGCUUUCUGUGGUUUGACUAGCGAGUCUUCAUGAAGUGAAGUUGUUUGUACCUUAAUCAGUUCAGCCAUUAUGGUGCUCAUGCACAGUUUCUCAUUAUUCUACUUCUACUUUAGGUAAGGAAACUAAAUUGAGAUCAGGGCAUUUUCCACUGCCUUUUUAACUUAAAAGCAUUGAAUGGGAGAACUUCAUGACAUAUGCAUAUAGGUGUAUUAAGUGAAAAAUUUGUAACAUGUUGCGAGAAUAUGGGUCUUUCCCUGAGCUGUAAUUUGUAGAGUAGAUGUAGGGUUGGUCUGUUGAUGUGGUAGAAUUUUUGCAGAAAUUAACUUCAUUUGGAUAUGAGAAAAAAAGAAAAGAAAUGAUAUAUUAUUUGUUUUCA